UCAGAGAUGAGGGCAGGAAUGGAGGAAGAGCUGGGCUGGGCUACCACUACCCAGCCUCAAGUUGGUGAUCCUGCAAGUAGGGCAGACAGACUAGGCAGAGGAGCUCAGUCCAGAGAUCGGGAGGCACCAGCCGUGUCCCAGUCUCCUGACCCUGGCUGCCUUCACCCAGCUCCUGCCAGUUCCUCUGCCCAACCCUGGACUGUAUGUGCCUUCCCCCAGCCCCUACUGAUGGUUCCUAUCAGCCCCCAGCCAGGGAUCCUGGGCAGCUGGAACGGCUCACCCUCUCAGCCCAGUGAAAAGGUAACUGGAAAGGGGGUGGGUACUGAGUCUACCUGAGGCGAAGGAGAUCCCCUGAGAUUUGCUUCAAGCUAAGACCCCUCAGCCCUGCCUGGGAGCUCAGGGGUUGGUGGGCCGGGGGAGGGGCAGAAGGAGAGAGUGGACUUAGAGGGACACCUCUCCCUCUCCUCCUGUCCCAGUUGCUGUUCCUGUCUCUUGUGCCUCCUCCAGGACUCCUCCCAUGCCUCUGUCUCCAAGUCCCCAGGCAAGGUCCCCAGGUGCCAAAUGGCAGAAGACAGCAGAGUGGGCCCUAAGCAUGUGGUGGUGGUGGGGAUGGGGGUCUCCUCACAUGACUGCUGGGUCCCAUGUGAGGCCGCCAGCUCACUCUGCUCCCUCAGAAACCAACAGUGGAACCUGGGCUCAGUGCCCUAGUGGGCCUCUGGGACCCAGGCAGCAGCUCACAUUGCAGCCUCAUGAAUAACUCAGCACCUCCCUGCUGCCUGCCUCUGAGGAACCGUAUCCCUUGGACCAACCUCCCCCACUGCUUUAAAUUUUUAACAGGCUGAGGUUCGGUGGUAGCUGGGCAGGCUCCAGGGAGCCAGGGCAGGAUAUCCUGGGCAGGGGGCUCAAGCUGAGCUCUCCCUAGAGGAGGCUAACAGGGGAGGACCCCAUUGGCCAGGCACAGCUCUCCAGAAAUGUGUAGCCAAGGCAGGAUGUGCAGGCAGAAAUCCCAAGAGUAGCCUCCAGAUUCAGGGGUCCUUAAGGAGGAAGAGUAAGCCAGGGUGACAUGUGGCUGGGGGGGCCCUUAGGAGAGCUGUGGGAUAGGGUUGCAGAUAAAUCCAAGGGUUACCAGCCCAGAAUCUUUCUGCCCAGAACUCCCACCCUCAAGGUGGAGCUCCAACAAAGGGACGUCCAAGAGGACUGAUACCUCCAGGGCUCUUCUGGGGACGGGCCCCUCUGGCUGGAGGCUGUACCUGGGUAGGCCUGCAUGGACAUCCCCAGCAGCAGCAGAGACUUCCGCUGCCUGCAGCUGGCCUGUGUGGCCCUCAGCCUGGUGGCCGGCAGCAUCAUCAUCGGUGUCUCCAUGUCCAAAGCUGCAGCUGCCGUGGGUGGAAUCUUUAUUGGCGCCGCUGGUCUGGGGCUCCUCAUCUUGGCCUACCCCUUCAUGAAAGCUCGAUUCAACCUGGACCGCAUCCUGCCUACAAUAGGGAGCCUGAGAAUCCACCCCCAUCUGGGGCCAGACCAUGGGGAAGGAAGAUCCAGCGCCAAUGGCAAUAAAGAGGGAGCACGAAGCAGCCUGUCUACUGUGAGCAGAACCCUGGAGAAGCUGAAGAUGGGGGCCCGGGGGACUGGGGAGAGCUGAGGCAGGGGCUGAGGGGCUACCCCUUGCCCUACCCUCCCUUCCUGCCUGCUACUCUGAUCUCACAGCCCUCCAGGAUCCAAACCAGAGGUGAACCAGGCCCUGGAGACAUCAGAUCAGCACUCACCCAGGCCACAGCUCUUGGGAGUGGAUUCCAAGGGACACAGGGCAGGGCCUAAGGCAGUGCCACUGGAGGUACCACAGGGGCUCUUGUUUCAGGCUCUUGACCUGGGUUUUACCUCUCGACUGCAGCUCAGUUGCCUUCCUCUAUUCCUCUGGUUCCUCUGGAAUUUGGGGCCCAGGGAUACCUCAGUCCCUUGCUCCAGCCUGGCCACAGAAGUGAACCCCAAGCCCACAGGAAUCACAGACAGGGACCUGGCUGUUGGCCUCUAGAGCUCACCAGCUGGAUAGAAAGCUGGACCAGAUUCUUUUCAGGAUACCAAAAACUAUGGGAAACUCCUCAGUGACAGGGACUUGGCAGCAGAGAUCAGGACAUAUCCUAGACAAACAAGAUAGCCACUGCCAUGACAGGAGCCCUAGUGAGGCACGGACCUGGAGGCUUCCAGGAGGAGGUGGCUCCCCAGCUGAGCCCUGCCCUGAGACUCUUUGUAUUCGACUCCAACAUUCAAGGCGUUUUGUGAUCUGGCUCCAGACAAGACCUCCAGCCUUCCCUCUUCUACCCACUUUCUCAUUGCUCCUGAACGAUCUAAAUGCAUUCCAGCCCCCAAGCGAGCGCUGGCCUAUGUUCUGGAGGACCUGGUCCAGGAGUGUGUGGCUGUCAGAAAACAUUGCUCCUGCCUCCGCACCUGAACCCUCAAGGUGGAACAGAGUUGUUUGACUUCUACAGAGACAUCUGCUCCAUGUGGCUUUUGUCCUGGUUUGAUGAACAGAAGGCAAGCUGGACAGAAUCUCAUUCUUCAAGGAUCAGUGCAGAUGACACCUCCGCUCAGAAGCCUCCCCUGAUUUUGCUGUGCUCCCACAGCCCUAGGGCUUCCCUUCAUCACAGCCCCCCCCCCACUCUGAGUGGCCCUUGUCUAUUUCCCCCUGUCCAGAGUCUGGGGAAGAGCGUUAGGCACACAGAGGGUAUCCUGUGGAUGUUGGUAAACCAAACCUCAAGUGGGAGAGACCAUCUCAUUGUACAGAUGGGAAAGCUGAGGUUUUGCAGGGAAAAGUACUCAGUGAGGCCCGUGGUGAGAAGCUGUGGAGCCAGGUCUCCUUUCUCCCCACUUGAGGCUCUGUCCUGUGCACAGGCCACGUCUGACCACGGUGGGACAGGCCUCCGUGAAGGGGUACAGUUUCACAAAUGCUGGCCGCGUGUAGAGGCUUUGGUUCUUCCAGCCGGAGGGAAGUCAGCCUUCCCCUCCUUGAAUUUCUCUCCUCUCCAGCUCCCUCCUGCCUGCUCCCUGCCCUUCUCCUUGCUUUCAGCAUUAUCACCAUCAACAAUGACAGGCCUGAAAGAGUGGAUCUGUGGCAUCUUACUACACUGAUGGACAGCGACUGCAUUGGGGUAUGGGUGGGGACUUGAUAAUAUGGGUAAAUGUAGUAACCACAUUGUUUUUUCAUGUGAAACCUUCAUAAGAGUAUAUAUCAAUAAUACCUUAAUAAAAAAUUAAAAAAAAAUAAACCUCAGGCCUGGUGGCCCUUCCUUGAUCAGUAAGGAAAACCUUUCUACUAUCCACCUUCA